AUGACUAAAUAUACACUUGAACGUCUUCAAAAACAUCUUUAUGUUUUCCGAGUAAUUGAAGAUGGAAUGGCCAUUAUCUGUAUUUGUGGAAAGCGAAUUGUUCUUAAGUCAAAAUAUAAUGAAACAUACAUUGAUUUUCAUGUUAAUGGAUCAGGAUGCAAUCGGUCUAGUGGAACACGUGCAAUAACAAAGUUUUUUAGUCUAGCAGAAAAAACAGUAAUUCCAGAACAAAAAUGUGCACUUUGUAAGGGAUUACAUGAAGAUAUUCAUAUUAAUUACAUUGAACGAGCGCAAUUUGUUUCAUUAUAUGGUGGUGUACUACGUAAAGAUACUAUUGCACGAUCUAUGUUUCCAAAACUGUUUUUAGAAAAUGUGCCAGUUCAAUAUGCAUUGCUUAAUAAAGAUCAACAUGAACAAUUAAAUAAAGCUGUAAGAGCGCAAGCAAAAUGGAAAAUUGAAGGAAGAGCAGUAUAUGCACAGAAUUGUGAAAUCUAUACUUCAAAUAACUCAGAAGUUUGUAAUCAAUAUGUUUUUAUUAAUUCAGAUCAAGUUUUUCAUAUAAAUUAUUUAAUUAACUAUAAAAUUAAAGCCGUUAUUCAUCAAGCAUUUAAACAUGCAAAAAUUUUAACUGAAAAUGUUUUAAAUAUGACAACUAUUUCUUUUCAAUUAUAUAAUCCACUAAUUUUUGAUAAUGAAAAUAAUAGCGAAGAAAUAUUAGAUAGUAUUAAUUCUAAUUAUGAAAAUUUAGAUGAUAUUAAUAAUAUUGAAAAUCUUUUUAUUUCAACAGCUGCAACUGAGAUUUAUAAAGAUAAUUGGAAUUUACCUGAUGAAUCAUAUUCUGAUUUUGAAGAAGGAUGA